AUGAUUAAUUGUCAAAAUGUAUUUAACAAAAGUACAAAAGAGCAAUCAAAAGUACUGACAGAAGAAAAAAAAAUUAAAUAUAUAUUUAAUUUUAUGAGAUGGAGAAAUGAACUUGGUCUAAUAAAUCCUCGCAUUUUGGCCGCAUUGAAUGUGCCUCUAUGUAGCGUACCAGUUGAGUUAAAACCAAUUGCGGAUGCACAUUGCAAAGCGUAUGAUGGAGAAUGUUUCGAACUGCCUUGUCAUUAUAUCGAUCCACCGUCAGUUGAAGCUGGCACAAUGAAUGAUGUCAUGUGCACAAGGGAAGGAAAAAAAGUAGCCGAACAUCAAAAUGCAGAUAUUCAUUGUAAAAGUAGUCAUUCAUUAAAUUUAUUUCGUAAUGCUAUGAAAAAUCAAAGUUCAUAUUCAUAUCCAUCUGUUAUUAUCGAAGGUUUGACAAAAAUAACGGACGAACUUUGGAUUAAUGUUUUGAGUAAAUAUCGAAGUCAUGAUACUAUGUGGGGUAUGCUAUUUAAUGGUGAAUCGAUCGCCUAUUAUCCAUGGGCUGGUGAUUAUAAAAAAAUUCGAUUAUUCGACAUAACAAUGGGUUAUGAUCGUUCACUUUAUGAUAUAGCAACGCCAGGGUAUGUACUAGAAUAUGCACAAAUGAUUAUAAAAAAACCAAAGCGUUUUCUACAUGUAAGCAGAAUGAAAACACUCAUUUAUCCAAAAAAUACUUCUACCGGUUCUCGUCCUUGGAAUUCUGUCUUAGAAAAUAAGAAUAAGAUGUAUACAAGUCGUAAGACAUAUGUGACAGCACCUAUAAUGUGGAUGAACUCGAAUUGUCAAACACCAUCCAAUCGCACAGAAUAUAUGACCGAACUUAUGAAAUAUAUUGAUGUUGAUAAUUGGGGAGAGUGUCUCUCAAAUAAAAAAGCUUUACCGCCACAUAUAGUUAAAAUACAAGGUGGAGAAAGUAAAGAGCGAGAUAAACUGAAUUGGAAGGACGGAAAAAUGGCCUUGGCAAGUGAAUACCUCUUUACAAUAGCUAUUGAGAAUAGUCUGACCCACGAUUAUGUUACAGAAAAAUUGUGGCAGCCUUUAGUUGCAGGCAGUGUACCCAUCUAUCUGGGUGCUCCAAACAUCGAUGAAUGGUUACCGUGUGAAAAUUGUAUUAUUGAUUUGAGAAAAUUCAAAACGCCACAAGACGCUGCUAAAUUUCUCAAUCGAGUAGCAGAGAAUAAAACUCUUUAUGAAACUUAUCAUCAAUGGCGUAGUAGGCAAGUGACAAAACAUUUUCAGAACCUCCUCAGCUAUUUCAAUUAUACAGAGGACUACAGUCUGGAUUGUAUCGUAUGCCACAUGGCACAUAGAGCAGACGCUCAGGUGAAUCCGUACGAGAUUAAACGACAAUUUUUGACAUAUUUAAAUCCUUUCAAUUUUUCAUCUCAGUUGAACAGUCGGUAA